AUGCACCUCCAUCCUCCCUCCCUCUCCCUCCUCGUCCUCCUGGUUGCCGGGGCGGCCGUGGUGUGCGUUGCCGUGACGACGACCACGACGCUGCACGCCUUCCGAGGCUGCGCGGUGCGAGAGUUCUCCUUCGUGGCCCAGAAGCCCGGCUGCAGGGGGCUGCGCAUCACCACCGAGGCCUGCUGGGGGCGCUGCCACACCUGGGAGAAGCCCGUCCCAGAUCCUCCCUACAUCCACCGUCACCACCGGGUCUGCACCUACAGCAGAACCAGACACAUGACGGCCCGCCUGCCCGGCUGCCAGCCCUCCAUCUCCCCGCUCUACCACUAUCCCAUGGCGCUGCACUGCCACUGCGCUGUCUGCUCCACGCAGGACACCGAGUGUGAGACCUUCUGAUGGACCGAACCGAACCGAACCGGACUGGACCUGCAAACUAUCUUAUCAACAGUGACAUGAAUGACACUUAAUAAAAUGAUGAAAGCAAGACGUCUGAUGUGGGGUGAAGCAUGUGGAGUGAAGUAUUAGUCAGAUGUUUAUAUUCAGGAACAGAAGAAACGAUGCUGAAUCUACUAAGUUACACAUUUAUAAACCAAAGACUGUGUCUGUAGUUACUCAUCUGUAUGUAAAAAGAAAAAUUAUGCUUCAAAA